AUGCAAAAAGAAAAUGCAAUUUGUAAUUAAAUGAAAUAUCAAUUGCUUGGAGGUAGUAAAAAUCUAAAAGAGGCUAAUUAUAAAGAAUAAUAAAAUUAUCAUGAAUAAGAUAUUAUUGAUAGCUAUGAAUAAACAAUCAAUAAGAAAAAUAGAUAAGAAAUUAGCUCAUUGAUAAAUGCAAAUUUAGAGGAGAACAAAAUUUAAGUUGAAUUUAAUGAAACUUAAUAUGAUGAAUAAAAUUAUUCUAACACUCAAUAAGGAGAAUUUGGAAAAUUAGAUAAGGAACUAAAUUAACUUUUAUAAAUUUUGUGUGACAAGUAUUUAGAAAUCCAAAAAAAAUAAAAUUAAAGCUUGAAAAUGGAAAAACAAAAAAUUUAAGUUGAACAAAAGACAGAAUAACCUGAAAGCACUACAAUUAUCUCAUAAUAAUCAUAAACAACUUCUCAGUUAUCAGAUUUCUAAGGAAUUUGCCUUUCUAAUUAAAAUUCAUUUUCUUAUUUUGGAUAAUAAGGUGUUAAGAGAUUUGAAACCAUCAAAGAAAUUUUAGAAAGUUAAUAGAAAAAUGAAAAAAUUUAAAAGAACUUUUCAAAUAAACUUCAAAAAAAUAUUGAUGCUUAUUCUGAGCAAUUUUUAAGAUAAAUAUUUUAAUUAGGUGAUCAUAUUAACAGUGGAGGUGAGGCAGAUAUAUUUACACAUGCAUAUGAUGAAAGUAUAGCUUAUAGAGUAAUUAAAUUAGAUGAAGAUGAGGAUCUAAAUGAAUAACUAUUAGAAUUAUACAGUAUUAAGGAAUUAUAAGAAUAAAAUAUUUUAGAUUUAAAUACUUCUCAUCUAGUAGAAGAUAAAGAUAAUGAUACCAAGUAUAUCAUACACGUUAUGUAAAAAUGUUAAAUGAGUCUUUAAGAUGAAAUUUCAUCAAAAAAAGUUUUUAGUCUUCGAGAAAUUUUAAGAUUUAUUUCUACUGCAUUUCAUUUAUUGAUUGUACUUAGAUAAAAGUAUAUCUAUCAUUCAGAUAUUAAACCAGGAAAUAUCUUAAAAAUUGAUGAUAAUAACUACAAGUUAUCUGAUUUUGGUGCUUCUUAGUUAGUUAAUUUUAUUGAUCCUUUUUGUGAUUUUAAAAUGUAUACACCUGGCUUUAUACCAUAAAAUUAAAGCUUGGAUUUACCUUUUUAUCAUGACAUCUAUUCUUUUGGUAAAACUAUCUAAAAGUUAUUAAUGUAAUUAGAAAAUCAAUCAGAAAUUUCUGAUUGUUUAAAUAAAUUUAUAGACGAAGAAAUUUGUAAAGAUGAUAAAAACUCUAUUAAUCUAGAUUGCUUUGAGUUGCCAAGAAAGUUUAUAAAUAUUUUAAUGAAUUUUGUUAAUUAUGAAGUAAUUGAGGCAUUCUUAGAAGAAUAUUUAAAAUAGAUAGAGCAAUACUUAGUAAUCAAGAAAGAAAAUAAAAUAUUUCAGUAUGAAUCAGAAUAUUAAUAUGCUGAAAUAGCUAUUUUGAUUAUUUCAUAUUUAAGGCAAGAUUAAACUUCAAUUAAAAUUAAGGCACUGAUAACUAAAAGUUAUAUUUUAUGUAAAAGAAAACAAUAUGAAGAAUCUCUCAAAUGUUUUAAUGAAAUUUUUAGAGAAAAUUUUAAAGAUGAUAGCUAAUCAGAAAUCCUAAUAAAAUCAAUUACAAUUGUAAGCAAGAUCUUAAUAAAACUAAAUAAUAAGACAAAUUUAUCUUAAGAAAAUCAAAUUAAACUGAUUGAUUUGAUUAAAUUAGCCAAUUCAGAUGAAAUGUUUGAUAAAUUAAAAAUAAAGAUAAUAGAGCUUCUAUUGCUAAAAUCAAGUGACAUUUAUCCAAUCAUUAGAGAUUUUUAUGAUUCUCUAAAAAAAUAAGAUGAAAAUUAGGAGCUCAAUAUGGUUUAUAGGAUAAUUACAAAAUUUAUUAGGUACUUAAGAAAGUAAAAUUGCUAUGACUAAUCUCUUUACGAUUUAAUUUAAUUUAUUCAAGAUGAUAAAAAGAAUCAUGAUUCUUAUUACAAAUAAAAAUUACUGAAAGAAAUGGGCUUAUAUCUUUACAAAUUUCUUUUUUAAAAAGAUGAAUAGCUAGACAUUAAAUUAUUUGUUAAAUAUGAAAAAGAAAUUUUGCUUUUGCCAUAAAUCAUUUUGAAAUGCUUAAAUGACAUUAAGCUAAAAUCAAACUUAUAAAUUUAAUUUGACAAAAGCAUUUGGCAAUAAUAUUCAAUAUUUUUUAAGCUAUAACAAUUAAAUAUUUAUAGCUUUGAUGGUGGCUAGAAAAUUUUAGAUAAUUUAGAACAAAAAUUUAAAAAUAGAAUGGUUAAAAUAAAAAAAAGUAACUAAUUACCAUAUAAGGAAUAUGUUUUAUACAAUAAAAAUAAUUACUGUCUAAAGUAUCUUAAAAGAAACAAUAUACAAAAUUAUUAGUUUUUUAAUGAAGAAGAAAAGGGAUAGAAAGAAAAACAAGUAAUUUAAUCAAUAAGUCUUAUAAAAUAAACUAUUUUAAAGCCUAAAUCAAAAAAUGAAAAUCAAAAAAAUAAUGAGAUACCUUAAAAUCAAAUAGAAACAAUCAGCUUGCUUAAUUUCAUACCAUACUUUGAUUGUGAAAAAAUAAGUCUAAAUUACAUAGGUUCUUUGGAAAAAUUCAAUGAAGGAUUUGAAUAAUUUAAUUCUUAGCUCUAUUUUGGUAAUUUAAUACUUUGUAAUCUAAAAAACUUGCAUGAAAAAGAGAAGAUUUAUUAAGAAAUUACAAAUCUGAAUGUUGAAAUCUAAAAUAAAUAUUAAUCUCACUAUAAAAUUGAGAAGGAAGCAUCUUUAAGUUUAAACAUAUAUAGGGUUAGCGAUUAUAGCCUAUUAAAUAUGCCAUGUUUUACUUUUUUUACAUCAAAUUUAAGUAAGAUACAAGCUCUCAAAUUAAAAUUUAAAUUUAGCCCAGAUAUAAUUUAUCAUUUCAAUACAGAAAUCGAUACAAUGAUGUUUUAUAUUGAUUUGUUUAUGAAAGCUAAAACUCUAAAUAAUAUCACAAAAUUAACACUUGACUUUAGUGAAUACUUGAUCAAUAUGGGUAACAACUUAGCUUAUAUAUUUGAAAGUUUGUAGAUGUGCCAAAAAAUUACUGAAUUGAAUCUUAACUUUGAAAAUGAUAGUGAAAUUGAUGAUGAUGGUGCUUUUAUUAUUGCAUAAACUAUUUUAAGAAAAAGCCAAGAUCUUGUUAAAUUAAGUCUUAAUCUAUCUAAGAAUUAAGUAAAGAUAGAAGGAGUAAUGAGCAUUGCUAAUGCUUUGGAGAAUUGUCAAAAACUUACUUCAUUAGAAUUAUUAUUAAAUGAUAACUUUAUAGGUAAUGAAGUGACUUAAUAAAUUGAAAAUAUUAUACAAAAAUGUCAAAAUUUAAUGGAAUUAAGUCUUGGUUUAAAAUGUAAUCUUAUAAGUGACGAAGGUAUUUAUUCAAUUGCAAGUGCUUUAAAUAUGUGUCAAAAUAUUGCUAAAUUAAGCCUGAAUUUAUCUUUGAAUAACAUCGAAAUUGAGGGAGCUAUGAUUUUAGCUAGUGCUUUUGAGAAUUGCCUUAAACUUACUUAAUUAGAAGUUAAUUUAAACAAGAAUUAUAUUGGGAAUGAUGUUACUAACUGUGUUUUAGUUAUCAUGUAAACUUGUCAAAACUUAACACAUCUAAAUCUUGGUUUAAAUGAUAAUUUUAUAACUGAUGAAGGAGUUUAGAAUAUCGCAAAUGCUUAUACUAACAGCAAGAACAUUACUGAAUUUCGACUUUAUUUAAAUAAAAAUAACAUCACUUUAAAAGGAGCUUCUAUACUUACAAAGGCUUUAGAAAGCAAUAAAAAUAUUUAAUGGCUAACUUUUGAUUUAAAUGGUAAUUGUAUAGAAUAUGAAGAACUUCACAAUCUUUACUAAACUUUUAGGCAAAAUAUGAAAAAUAAAAUGUUUAAUUUCUAAGGAAAUAAUAGUGAAGAAGUAGAGAAAUUAUAAGAAAAAUAUGAGGUUACUUAAAUAGUAGAUUAUGUAAAAAAAAACUUAAGCUAUUAAAUGAAUGAGAAACCUCAAAAGUAUCUAGAUUAAAAUGAAAAGACUACUUAAUUAAAUAUUACUUCAAGUUUCGAGCAAACCUCUAAUACAAAUGAUUUUAGAAGUCCAAAUCAAUUAAAAAUGAUUACUCUAUCAGAAAUUUACAUUAAUUGGCAAACAGUUUUUACUACAACAGCUCAAAAUAUUGCUCAAUAUUUAUUAACAAAAUAGCAAAGUUAGUUCGAUCUUAAUCUAUUUGUUCAAGGUAGUUAAUUAUUUAGUGAAGAUUAAUGCUUUAAAAAUUGUGAAUAAAUCAAUAAAUAUGUUUACUUCCAUGGUCUUAGCUUGAUGUAAAAUAAACAGAGCUAAUAAAUUAAAGAUAUUGAAUAAAAGCAGGAUCAUGAAAUGGAAUAAUUAGAUCUUUAUUUAGAUUUCAAUAUAAUAUCUUCAGAAGCAGCUUAAGUUAUCAAAAAUAUGUUGCAAUAGUACAAAAGUAAUAUCAAAUUAAACCAUCAAUUUAACUCAUACAAAAAUUUUGAUUAUGAAACUAUUAUGAGUGCUUUAGAUAAAUCUGCAAUCACAUUAAAAAUUGAUCUAUGCUAAUAAGGAAAAAGCAUUUUAAAUGAAGGGGCUUAAAAGAUUGCAAAUACUUUAGCAAAGUGCUAAAAUACCACUAAAUUAAAUCUUUGUUUAAGUGAAUGCUCUAUAAUCGAUGAAGCAACUAAAAUUAUUGCAUAUAAUUUGAGAAAUUGUAAAAAUAUAACUGAAUUAAGUCUUAAUUUAUCAUCAAAUAAAAUUGGUAUUUAAGGAGCUAAGUAUAUUUCAGAUGCUAUUAAACACUUUAGAAAGGCCAUUUAAUUAGAUAUUGAUUUAAAUUAAAAUGAUAUUAAAGAAGAAGGGGCUUAAUGCAUUGCAGACGCUUUAUAAAAUUGCCAAAAUAUUACAAUAUUUAAUCUUUCCUUAAGGAAGAAUAAAAUUGGUGCAGAGAGCAUUAAAAAUAUUGCUAAUUCAUUGGAAAUGUUCAAAAAACUUUCUUAAGUGAGUCUUGAUUUAUCCUAAAACAAAAUUGGUAUCGAUGGUACUCAUUAUAUUUCAAGAGCUUUAAUUAAUUGCUAUAAUGUUAACUAGCUAAGCAUUAAUUUAGGUGAGAAUGAUAUUAAAGAUGAAGGAGCAAAGUUUAUAGCUAGUGCUUUGGAAAAAUGUGAAAAUCUAGCUGAUUUAAAACUUUCUUUAAAGGAAAAUCAUAUUUCAAGUGAAGGAGCUAAGAAUAUUUUAAAUGCUUUGAAAAGUUGUAAUAAAAUCACUGGUUUAAAUAUCGAUUUUGAAAAUAAUUAAAUCGAUGGUGAAGGAUUUAACAGUGUCAUUAACAGUAUAUUUAAAUGUUAAAAAAUAACUCAUACCAGUCUUAAUUUUAAUAAUAAUAAAAUUGAUGUGAAUGUAUCUUUGAAUGUUUAAAAUAAUGAUGAGAAUUCCCAUAAUAUUACUUAAUUUAGUCUUGAUUUGGGAAAUAAUAAAAUCAGUCUUGAGUAAGCUUAGAAUAUUACAAAUUUUCUAAAAAAAUGUAAAAAUUUAUAGAAACUAAAUCUUAACUUGAAACAAGAUAUUCUUAAUAAUGCUUUUGGAGAUGAUCAAAUUUAAAUAAUAGCAAAUUUUUUGUAAAAUUGUCAAAGUCUCACUGAAAUAACUCUCAAUUUAAAGAAUAAUAAAAUUUCUGCUGAAGGAGCUAAGAAUAUUGCUAAUGCUUUGACAAAAUUAUAAAAUCUCACACUUUUAAAUCUCGAUCUUUGUCAAAAUAAAAUAAUCUCAGAAGGUAUAAUCAGUAUUACUAAUGCUUUGUAAUAGUGUCAAAAAAUUAGCAAGCUAAAUUUAAGUUUUGGUUAAUACUUUUAAGAGAGUGAUCUUGUUAAUGUUUUUGCUGAUUCUUUGGCAAAUAGUGAAAAUAUUAGUGAAUUAGAUCUUGAAUUUUCAGCAAAUUUGAAUUCUCAAAAUGCUAAAAAUAUUUACAAAGUGUUGGAAAAAUGUUAAAAUGUUACUCAAUUAUCUCUUAAAUUCCAUUAUUUUAAAAAUCUAAACAAUGACACAAAUUUGAUACCUUUACCUGAUAAUAUUCAGAAUCUCUCUGGCUAAUUAGAAAAAUUAUAAAAUAUUACUAGACUGGAACUUUCUUUUUUAAAUGCUGAUAUUGGAGAUGAAGGAGCUUAUUAUAUCUCAAGAGCUUUUGAAAAAUGUUAAAACAUUACUUAACUAAAACUUGAUUUUCGCUUUACAUAAAUCGAAGCUAAAGGGGUUUAAGAAAUCUCAAGCGCUAUUGAAAAAUGUCAAAAGAUUACUAAUUUAGCUCUUAAUUUGUCUAUGAAUAAUAUAUAAGACGAAGGAGUUCUAAGCAUUUCAAACACUCUGGAAAAAUGCCAAAAUAUUACUGAAUUAUUUCUUAAUUUAGAAUAAAACAGGUUAAGCCAGAAAGCAAUAAAUAAUCUAAUAAUGGCUUUAGAAAGAAGUCAAAACAUCACAAAAUUACAAUUUCAUUUUUUGGAUUUCUCAAUAUGCUUUAAAUGA